AAAUUUCCUUCACUUCUCUCUACACAUUCUAUAUUCGUAUUCCUCUCAUCAAUAAGCUCCAAAAGCUUUGGAACAUAUUUUUCAAUCUAAUAAUAUGUCGUCACGGAGUUUUGAGAUUACUAUCUUAUCAGCAGAGAAUCUUAGAACGAACAAAACAUCAAUAAAGAAAAACGUUUUUGUGAAGAUUCAAACCGAUGGAAACGGCGAAGUGAGGACGACGAAGGUGAACGGCGAAGGCGGAAGCUACCCUUCAUGGAACGAGAAGGUUGUCAUGGAAGUUCCAUUGCAUGCAAGGUUUAUAACUUUGGAGGUGAAUUGCAAAGCAACAAUGGGGAUUAAGAGUGUUGGAAUUGCAAUGAUACCGGUUUCGGAUAUAGUAGGAGGGUUUGUCCCUCAAAAUCAAGUUCAAUUUUUGAGUUAUAGGUUAUGGGAUAGCAAGGUUAACAGAAAUGGGGUUAUAAAUAUUUCUGUAAGGGUCAAAAUGCCGGAGAUUUCGUUGUUGUUGCCGCCGGCGAUAAAUGGGUUGCCGGCGCAAGGAGUUCCGGUGACCGGAAAGAGCUCUAAUGCGGUUGUAACUGGAAUUCCAAUUAAUUGGUUUUAGAUUAUAAAGAGUGAUGGAAAAUAUUGUUAAUAGUUAUUUUUAGUUGCUUAAAUAUUAUUGGACGUGAAAACGCUA